AUGGCCGAUAAUACUGCUAGUACAUCGACCAAUACUGGUAUCAGCGGCUUACACCGGAUACCAUCCCUACGAGGGACCGAGAAUUAUAAUGUGUGGCGAAUACAAAUGGAAGACAUACUCACAGAUCUUGAUUUGUUCGCACACGUCAAUGGUACCAAACAGCGACCUAACAAAACGAUAAAUGUAAAGUUAACAGGUCGAAAGGAUGCCAAUAAUAAGGACUUACCUGACCUUGAAGUUGGCAAUGAAAAUCCUGAGUAUACAUCGUGGGCUAAAGACGAUCGCAAAGCCUUAUCGAACAUACGUCUCCGAGUCGACGGACACGUACUAACGCAUAUACGAAGCUGUGAAUAUUCUGCAAACGCUUGGCAGAUCCUGGAGGCAACAUAUCAGGUUCAAGGCACCGUCGGAUUAAUCGACUUACGGAGAAAAUUCUUCAGUCACCGAAUGACCGAUGGAGAAGACGUCGAGGAACAUAUCCAACGUAUGCGCGGAUGGUUCCAACAAAUAAACUCAAUAAGCCCUAACUCGUGCACCGAAAUCGACUGGAUUACGACGCUCAUAGCGAGCCUACCUGACUCAUGGGAUAGCUUUACGCAGUCCGUAAGCUUCCAAUUCGACUCAGCAGACACAACCAAGCUAACAACUCAAAUAAGCGACUUACGUUCACGAGUCUUAGCCGAAGCUCACCGGCGGAACACUAGGAGCAAUGAAGGAAAGGCUUUCUUUAGUACAAACAAGCCUCUGUUCAAUAGAACCGUACGUACCAAUUCGGGUCACAAAGGACCGGAUAAAUCGAAGUCCAAAUGCAAUAACUGCGGGAAGAUAGGCCACUGGGCAGCCGAAUGUAGAGGCCCGGGUGGUGGUGCAUACAAACACAGUCAGAACAAUAAGGGGAAUCAGACGAACAGGAAGUUCAACUCACCAAACAGACCCCGGAACAAUAACGCCCGCGCGCAUAUAGCAGUCGCAAAUAACGAUACUAAUGACUACGCGUUCUCGAACUUCGAGAACAUUCCCGAAGGCCUACGUAAAGCCGCGAACGAAUGGAUAGCCGAUAGUGGAACGACGACUCACAUAGCAAAUAAUCGGAACUCUUUUUCCGACUAUAGUAAGACAUCUGGUUAUGUAACCGGCGUAACCGGUAAAGAGCCGAUCUUGGGCCGAGGCACCGUAGAACUGGAAUGCCUGAUUAAUAAUGAUACAAACGAAUAUAGGACAAUUAGGCUUACAAACGUAGCUCACGUGCCGAGCUCCCCGGCUAAUUUGAUAAGUUUAUCACUAGUCACAGAUAAAGGCUAUCGAGUCUCAAUGGACCGAGACCAAUUAGUAAUACAUGGUACAAACAAUGAAGUGAUCACCUAUGGUUCGAAGCUCCGAGACCGUGAUCAAGGAAGUCUGUGGAAAAUAAAUGCUAAGGCAGUUAGCAAAACAACGGCAAAACAAAAGGCUCAAAAUGUACCCACUGAACUGGCGCUAGUUAAACAAACUGGUCGAACUUGGCUCGACUGGCAUAGAGUACUCGGGCACAUCGGCCCGCAAGCACUCCAACGAAUAAAGAAUACAGGCGCAGUUAGCGGAAUGGAAAUAGCGGAAGAUAAGGACGGACUCAACUUCGAAUGUGAGUCCUGCAUUCAAGCGAAGGCGCAUACACGCCCAUUCCCGAAGGAAUCAACCACCAAAACGAACAAAAUCGGCGAACUCGUAGUGACCAAUGUAUGGGGACCCGCCCGAACCCCCUCAAUCGGACGCUAUAAGUAUUAUGUAUCAUUUACGGAUGUAGCCACUCGUUUCACGCGUUUAGGAUUCUUGAGGCACAAGGACAAAACUUUGAAUGAAUAUAAAUUGUUCGAAGCCAUGCUAAAUACACAAAAGAAUAAGAAAAUUAAACGCGUACAAUUUGAUAACGGCGGGGAAUUUGUGAAUAAGGAAUGGGAAGAGCAUGCAGCACAGAAAGGGACCGUUUUAGAAACAACGGCCCCGUACUCAUCUCAGCAAAACGGUAUCGCUGAACGAUUAAACCGUACACUUACCGAUAAGGCCCGAGCAAUGCUACUCGAGUCAGCAGCCCCGAAGUUCCUUUGGAACGAGGCUAUCGCGUACGCAUGUUAUCUCAAGAACCGCGUACCUACGCAAGUGCACGGUAAGUUCUGGAAAACACCGUUUGAGGCGUUUUGGGGAAACAAACCGGACGUUAGCGUGCUGCGGCCUUGGGGAACCAAGUGCUACGUACUCGACCAAGGCGAGAACAGGUCCAAAUUGGACCCGAAGACCUUCACGGCAACAUUUGUAGGAAUAUCGGACGCUCAAGAAGAGGUCGACGACAGUACCGAUUGGGGGGAAUUGGAAGAUGCUAGAACAGGGGGAGAACAUGUAGUAAGAAAAACCGAGAAAAAUGAAUUAAAAAUCGAGAGCGAACCUGAGAGUAUAAAAGAAGAGGUGAAAGUCGAACCAACAUCAUCCAACUCAUCUACUGAACCUGUUCGACAACCUGCACUACACAAACCUACCACCUCUCGCUCUAGGUCUGCUAUGCGCCCUAACCUUAGUGCUACGGCUGCUGAAUCGCUCAAAAGAAUCAACUCACUUACUACCGGGAGCUACGACGGCGAACAUGGCAAGCUCGAGAUCAAUGUCGAUGACACCUCCCCAUCCGAAAUCUCCGAUAUAUUCACCGGCUCCAGCGACGCCAACAGCUCCGACAGCAAGAUCAACUACUCAUACGAUCUCCCCACUGACGACACCUCCACCUUACUCUCCGCACCUUCCAUCCCGUCCGAGUACGCCUACGCAUUGGAGACGCCGACAACACCCAAAUCGACCUCGACUAUCAACGAUAGACUGGUCAAGAGAUUCAGCCAUCUCAGGCUAUCAGACGCGACUCCAACCGAGCCGGAUUCCCCCUUGGCGUCGACCGGGGAUCUGGAACAACCCUGGUCCCUCGCGGCCAUUACCAAGGCGGCCGACAACCCAACCGUGGAGGAGGCCCUUGCGGGACCACAGGCACUCGAAUGGUGGAAGGCGAUGCAGAAUGAGGUCAGUACCUUUGACAAACUAGACACGACCGAACUCACCGAAUUACCCUACGAACGCAAGGCAAUGGGGAACAAAUGGGUUCUCACGCUCAAACGCGAUGAGAACGGUGAACCGGUACGCUAUAAAGCACGAUUAGUCGUCCAAGGUUUUAGCCAACAGCCAGGUAUCGACUUCGAUAAGACAUUCGCACCUGUUCUAGACGUCAAUGCCGCCUACUUACACGCACCUAUCGAAGAAGACUUAUACAUGCGACAAAUUCCUUACUUCAACGACGGUACGGACCGAGUUCUUAAACUCAAGCGAUCUAUAUAUGGACUGAAACAAGCAGGCCAAAUGUGGAACAAAUUUUACGAUACCAAACUCAAGACAAUCGGUUAUAAACCUUGCCUUACCAACACAUGUGUCUACCAACGUAUCCAAGAAUUGAACGGUGAGCAAUACGUAUCCAUUAUUGCCACCCACGUUGAUGACUCAAUCGUAAUUACAUCGACAAACCACACUGACUUCGCAAUAUCAGAACUCCUGAACAUAUUCAAUAUGCGCGACUUAGGCCCCAUUCGUCACUUCCUGGGUAUCACAUUCAAGCGCGAUCGUAAACAAGGAAUUAUGCACCUUAACCAAACCGCAUACAUCAACAGCUUAGCCGAAUUCGCAGGUCUUAAAGAUGCUUACCCCGCCGACACUCCACUCAGCCCUAGUGUUCAGCUUACACGUUUCGAGGGCACCAAACCAAAAUUUAACUAUGGGACUUACAUUGGUAAGCUCCUAUAUGCGGCCUUGUGUACCCGUCCUGACAUCGCAUUCGCCGUCGCACACCUUGCUCAAUUCACUUCGUGUUACGGACCGGCACACGUGACUCAAAUCAAACGUGUCAUUCGCUACCUCUUAGGCACUCCGACGCUAGGACUUACGUAUCGCCGAUCAGCCGAAGACUUCGGCGAAAUCGGUUAUUCCGAUGCUGACUGGGGAAGCAACCUCAUAGAUCGUAAGUCCGUCUCCGGUCAUGUCUUUAUGCUUGGAGGCGCUGCGAUUUCUUGGUCAGCUAAGAAGCAGGCCACAGUCGCAUUGUCGACUAUGGAAGCCGAAUAUAUGUCGUUGGCACACACAUGUACUCAGGCUCUUUGGCUUCGUCAAUUCUUUGAGGAAUUGCACUUAUACGCCGACGCCCCUACUCUCAUAUUGUCCAAUAAUAUCGCCGCAUUAACAUUAUCCGUAGAAUCCCAAUACCACGGACGCUCAAAGCAUAUCGAUAUACGACACCAUUUUAUGCGCGAUAUCAUCGAGCAACGUAAGGUAUCUACCUUGUACGUACCUACUCAUGAGAACUUAGCCAACGCUUUUACUAAAGCUCUGCCGGCUCCUCAAUUUAGGUAUCUCAUGCGAUCAAUCAUGGGAGAGAUUACGGAGACGUCGAUCGAGGACGAAGUUGAUUAA